GGGCGAUGGAUGUCGUUUGCAGAAGCAGCGAGCGUGUCUGCGGUCUCGUUCUGCCGAUCCCCCUUCGCAAAGCCACGUAAUUCAUCACAUUCGAGCGAGUGGUCGACGGCUUCGACGACGCCACCCAUGCAUCAGACUUUCAAACUGGAAGUCGACUCCCAAGCAGGAGGACCUAUUUUAAGUCAAAGCCCAGAAGGUUCUCACUGGUGGUUAAACUUAGAGUGAAAAUGUGUCCAUUUUUUCCAUUCCACUAUAUCAUUUUGUAUGUAUGCCUUCUGGGGCCUCUAUGGCUGUUAAGUUCCCAUGUGAGUGCAAAAGGCCCAGUUGGAGUGUCAUCUCGGUCGAAGAACCUCCAUCAGCAGUGGAAUAUAACUUUCUUUCCGAGUGAAGUGGAACGUUUGGAGGAGGAUCAGGAGAGGAAUGUCAGCAUGUACACCUUGGAUUUGGAUUGGUGGGAUAAAAACAAGCCUUUGUCAGUGAUGGUUGAGACUGAUGAUUUCAGCAUUGCAGAAGUCUCGGGGAAGACUGAAUUCCCACUUAAUACCACUCAGGAAUUCAAUUUCACAUUCUCUCUUAAAGGAAAGUUCCUGGGCUUCACAUUUGUACGUGUCAAGGCUCAGCAGGGAGGGAAAACGGUGCAAGAGAACAAGGAACUGAGAGUGGAAGUCAUUCGACGGGCCAGUGUGCUGGACACAAUUUUCACCUAUUCCAUCAUAAUUAUUGUAUCCAUUGCUUAUAUCAAUAUGGGGUCCACUCUUGAUCUGAAGAUCAUUUGGAACACGAUCAGGAGACCCUGGGGACCUGUUGUUGGGAUCUGUUCUCAAUACCUCUUCAUGCCUCUUGUGGCAUUUGGGUUGAGUCAGGGCUUGUUAUCAGAGCCUUCACUCCAGCUGAGCCUGUUUGUGACAGGCUGUAGCCCAGGGGGAGGGGCCUCCAAUAUAUGGACUGUUCUCCUUAAUGGGAACAUGAACCUCAGCAUCACCAUGACAUUCAUCUCAACUGUUGUUGCCUUCUUGGCAAUGCCAGCAUGGCUCUUCUCAUUGGGUCGAGUGAUAUUUGAAGAGGGACAACUUGUGAUCCCAUAUCGUAACAUUGGGACCCUUGCCAUUGGAUUGGUCAUUCCAGUUGCAAUCGGAAUCAUGAUCAGGCGCUUCUGGCCUCGUGCUGCUGAAUGGCUCCUCAAGAUCCUUAGACCUUUCUCUAUCUUGAUCAUCAUUUAUAUCCUCACAUUUGGGAUCUAUGCCAACUACUAUGUAUUCCUCCUUCUCUCAUGGAGAAUCGUUGUGUCUUGCAUUGUGUUGAUCUGGUCUGGCUUUGCAUUCGGAGCCCUGGUAUCAUACUUGUGCAAGUUCCCUGUUGGUGACAUCAUUGCUAUUGCUGUGGAAACUGGGAUCCAAAACACAGGAGUUGCCAUAGUCCUACUUCGUUUUUCCCUUCCACAACCAGAAGCUGAUCUCACUCUUGUGAUUCCUGCCAUGGCUGCCAUGAUGAUGCCAAUUCCAUUGACAGGAGUGUAUGUGGUGCAAAAGAUCAUGAGGAGGAAGGAAGGAAGCAUGAUAGUUUCAAGAUGUGAGUCUCCUUCUGGGAAGGAGCUGGUCCAGCAUGCAGCCAAUGGGGAGUUCAAAUCACCUGACCAAGUCCAUGUCUAAGCAUUUCCUCUUUCAUUUUAGUAUCAAUUUAUUUAGUUGUGAGUGUGUUCCUGCGUGUGUUGUUAGGUAUUGGUUAUGAGGCUUCCUUAUUUUCCUUCCAAAGAUCAUGUCAUCCUACGGAUCAUAAAAUUGUCUUUCGUUACUCUGGAAGAGGUCACAUGCCCUGGAGGGGUGAGUGACAUUAAUGUGAAGAAAUUUGAAACCACAUUGGCCAGGUCACACCUUUCCUAUAAUGUAUAAGUUGAGGCAAUGUUUGUGAAAGAAAAGCCAGGAAGAAAUCUUACAUGGAGUAUUAGCCUUGGUCUCUCUCACGUUCUAGGCUAGCCUGUUGUUCCUCUUGUCUCUUUUCCCCAGUUUUCCACAUUAACUGUAGCAGGUUUGAUGUGGGGAUACACUUUGCUGGAAAUUGAUAUUAACCCUUUGAGAAGUAUGCCUGUAUGUCUACAGGCUGAUGUUCUCCUGCCCUCCAUAUAUUCACUAUGGGGGAUCUAGCAGGUGUUGAAAAAACCUACUCCUCAAAGGGUUAAAUGUCAGGGGGAUUAUGCUGCUCUGCUUCAAACAAUGAAGUUUGUAUUCAUAACAAAUCUAAAAAGUCAUUGGAUCAUAAGCCACAUCAAAAUCUCAGCUUGCUUCUCAAUAGAGGUGGGGACUCAUUACUUCAGGUGCAUAUGACUUCUGUGGGGCCAUUCAAGGAAUCCAGCUCAAUAUGCUUUUAUACUUAAAAUAUACCCUAUAAGACAAAUCUCUUUACAAGUAACCAAAAGUCACUUGAAUUCUUGAGAAUAAGUGUCACUCUUCUAGUUAGGCCAUCAUAAAUAUUUUUUAUAUAACAAGUUUCUCCGUCCAAUGUGAGGGAUUAAUUACUUUUCUUCCAGCUUGUAAUAUGUGACCGCACCACAUGGGUGAACUGAAAAAAAAAAAGAGCAAGCCAUUAGAUGGUUUCUCGUUGUACCUCUAUGGUGUAGAUGUAAGUUACAAGCUUUGAGCAAACUGUUUGUUUAAUGCAUGUCAAAGACAAUUACAAUAGCUUUAUUGGUCUGCAAAUGCAACUGAGAAGUUGAGAAAAAGAAAGGCAGAUGUGAAAGUUUUUCAUAUUUACUUACCCUUUUCCCCAAAGUGUACAGUAGUUUUGACAAUAGUGAUAUUUUUCAAAGAAAUCUCUGAGAAUAUGCUUGUGAACCACUCGGUCAGUUUCAAAGACUCUGAGCAGGCACUUGAGCCAUUAACUGGCUGUAAAAUAAGAAUAAGAAUGAAUAGGCUUUCCCGGUGACUGAAUUUAGAUGCAAGGUCUUGUCUUCCAUCUUGAACUUGUUAUAAAAAUUCAGUCAUCUAGAAUUGAUAAGACUGUUACUUGGAUUCUGUGAGACUCCUGAUCCAGGUUGGUGGACUGUGGCUAGUGCAAUAUCAUGCAAAUGAUCCCAGUGGUUCACAUAUUCUGCACAACAGUAUUGUAUCAUCUGUGUUAUGGAGAGCAAGUGUGGCACAUGGAAGGUGGCUUUUUUUUGCUUGAAAUUUCUUUCCCAGUGGUUUUUGUUCUUCAUAUCUCUGUCCACUGUGAGAGUUCCUUCCAAUGUUUGUAGGUUGUGGGAAGAAAAAUCACCAUGGAUACAUAUGCUCAUUGAUUUUGUAUUGUGCUUGUCGGUUUUGGGAAAUUUUAUCACCAAAAAUGGAUCUCUGAAGACAUGUUCAUCCUACUGGUAAUCUUAUUCAGCUGAAGAAUUUUUUAUUAUAGCCAAAUUGUUUUUUAGAAUGCAAUUCUGUGGAUUCAAGUCUGGAGGCCAAAGACAGCUCUUCAUGCAAAGGUUGUGCACAUUGGAGAUGACAUGCUUUGGUAUCUCAACAACCAUGUCUGCAGGUGGCAUUGUAAGGUAUAAGCUGGCUGCUUCUGAUGUGUCACUGCAGAAUCCAUGCAACCUUCUAUAGACAGAUUGUUCAUAGGCAAGGCUAAUUUAAACAUGGCGAUCUUGCAGCAUUUACUUUUUCAAAGGUUGCUGCAUCUUAAUAGAGAACUCUCCUUGGAGGAAACAGGAAAUUCUCCUUAGGACUAGUAGUUUGGGUAUGCAAAAGACACCCAUGGGCUUGUGCACCUAAAGCUUCCAAUUCAUGACUAGCUUCUACUUCUGGAAAAGACUAUGAGGUAUUCUAAAAUUUAGAUAUAUAUAUUGAUUCUCAUGAGGAAUCCAAAGUUGAUGCCUCCUUACUUCUGGAAAUCCAUCCAAGUGUUCAUGUGUAAUAAUGCUAAUGCAGGCUUAUACUUGAUAGGAAGUCUUGCAUUUACAUUAUUGAUCCAUUGUAUGGCAACUUAAGGGUCUUGCUUGUCACUCGAAGUCCCUGUGGAAUGCCUUUCACUUUACAUUAAGAGUUUUCUCUGAAAGCCUCACUGGAAUGUCAAAAUGUUGGCUAUUGCUGAAAUAAUGCAUUUAUGUGAACUUGUCAUGUUGAAUGUGAACUUCACCUGGAGAAUGUACUGUCAAUUUUGUCAUACUUUCAAUUCCUUUCUGGCAUUUCUGCUUUUGAGUACUGGUACUUUUUUUUGUUGAGCAAAAAUACAAAGCUUGAAGUCCACCCAAUAUGACACUAUACCAAAGCUCACACCUGCUUAGAAAAGACAAAGCCACCUCUUUGCUGCUGUUUGUCUCUCUUACCUCAGGUGUGGUGUCUUCUUGAAAAUCAAUAAAUAAAUAUUUUCUACACAACAAAGGC